AUGGGGCACUUUCAGCUGCUCUAUCACUAUAACGGUGGGCUUGAAAUCGACGCCUGGAUGGGUCUUUUUGGCGCAAACGUUUACAGCACGAGAAAGUCGACCCUGGAAGCAGCGACGAAGAAGACGUUGGUGGCAUCCAGUAUCGCAACCGACAAGGCGGGCUAUUCGCAACGCGGAACGAACGCAACGCAGAAAUCGAAUACGAGAUCGAAAAGCUAUAUGCUAAGAGAUGGAUCAACGACUCCACCUUCUAUCUGGUACAAUGGAUACAAGACCUCAUUCCUCUGGCACCGUUCGAUUGGAAUUCAAGCGCUCCAGUCGACUCGUAAAAUGGCGCCCAGUCCAAGUUCCAAGAUGAAGAUGUCAAUUACUGCGAUCGUUGUGCACUUGUCUAUUUGGUGUCGUUCGUGUCAGCCGACCAUAGUUCCCGUGGUCGACGAUGGCACCUCGGACGAGUUCAAUGUGGCCAACCGCAGCUUCCGAGCUGGAGAUGAUCAUAUCUGGACUCCUCUGGAGAAACCCGACGGUGUCAAUGGAGCUCUGGAGCUUUAUUCGCACAAUAUGACGCCUACCAAGAUCAAAGUUAGGAUUACCUUUUUUGAGGAUGUGGUCUUGAAGCGCACAGCCACAGAACUACUGGCUUACAUUUCCUCAGGUACGCUUUUCUACGUCAAAACGGACCCGACAAAGGAGCAUACGCUGUCGGUGGUGGUGCGUGCAUAUGCGGAGGAGGCGAGUACUGCUACCAGUGCGAUGAAAACGAGUGUGGCGACGAUAUCGGAGGAGACACAGCAACGAGAUUGUUUUGAGCGACCUUUCGAUAAGUACAGCUCCAAGUUUGUUUUUGAGAAUGUAUUCCACUCAACCAAAGACGUUGAUGACUUUAUUGAGAUGUUGCCGGUAAAGGAAAUAUAA